UUUAUUGCAGAUACAACAAUGAUGGACUGGGGCGAGAGAUGGAGUGAAGUUCGUAAAUUGCUGGAAAGGCCUGGACCUUUCACUCACCCGGACUUUGAACCAUCACCAGACACACUUAAGAUGCUACAGGAAAACAUAAAAGUUUUAGUCAUUGGAGCUGGAGGACUUGGAUGUGAGUUACUGAAGGAUCUCAGUCUAAUGGGCUUCACUAAUCUUCAUGUUAUUGACAUGGAUACAAUUGAUCUCUCCAAUCUGAAUCGACAGUUCUUGUUUCGCAAGAAAGAUAUAGGUCGUUCCAAGGCUGUGGUCGCUGCAGAAUUUGUUAAUCAGAGAGUAAAGGGGAGCAAAGUCACCCCCUACUACAACAAGAUCCAAGACUUUGAUGAUGAAUUCUAUCGCAGUUUCCACUUAGUAGUAAGUGGCUUGGAUUCCAUUGUUGCUCGAAGGUGGAUUAAUGGCAUGUUGCUCUCUCUUCUCUCUUAUGAAGAUGGCAUGCUAGACCAUAGUUCUGUAAUUCCAUUGGUUGAUGGAGGAACAGAAGGUUUCAAAGGUAAUGCAAGAGUCAUCCUGCCGGGUCUUACUCCAUGCAUCGAGUGUACUCUUGAUCUCUUCCCUCCGCAGGUGAAUUUCCCUCUAUGUACGAUCGCACACACUCCUCGUCUGCCGGAACACUGUAUUGAGUACGUCCGCAUUCUUCUCUGGCCCAAAGAAAAUCCAUUCAACGAAGACUUGCCUAUCGAUGGUGAUGACCCACAGCACAUUAAUUGGAUUUUUGAGAAGGCCCAGAAGAGAGCGGCCGAGUACGGUAUUAGUGGUGUAACGUACCGUCUUACACAAGGUGUAGUGAAGCGCAUCAUACCGGCUGUGGCGUCUACAAAUGCUGUCAUUGCCGCAGCCUGCGCUACCGAAGUGUUCAAGCUGGCUACAUCAGCAUGCAUACCUAUGAACAACUACUCCGUGUUCAAUGACACAGACGGCAUAUACACAUACACAUACGAACAAGAGAAAAAGGUAGACUGUGUGGCUUGCAGUCAAGUUCCUCAAGAACUUGAAGUUCAGUCAACUGAGAAGUUGCAAGACAUUAUAAAGAGAUUGACUGAGUCACUCCAGUACCAGAUGAAGAGUCCUGGACUCCAAGCAAUGAUUGAUGGAAGAACCAAGUCACUCUAUCUCCACUCUCCUGCAUCCAUUGAAGAGAAACUCAGACCCAAUCUUAAAAAGACUGUUGAAGAGUUGGGUUUGCGUGAUGGAAUGGAGAUUGCCGUAGCCGAUGUUACCAGCCCAUCAACGAUCCUGUUCAGGGUGAAAGUGACGUCUUAGUGAAAUUAACCAGUAACUUAGUACUGUAUUUUAGAAGAGAUGAACCAUUGAGGGUCAUACAAUGCCUGGAGAAGGGAAAGUAAUUAGGUGUGAUGAUGGAAGGGAAUAGGAGAGCUUCUUUCAUAAAAUAAGAGCCCCCCUCUUUUUUUUUUUCACAGGGUUUUACAAGGUUAGGAUUCCUAAUUUUAUUUAUAAGCUAAGAGAUGUUGCCUACAUCAGGUUAUUAACAUCAGUGCACCCUCAUUUCCUUCAAGGAAAAUAUUAGUAUUUGUGCCUCAAAAAAACCAAACAGUGGCAGAAUAAUUAUGUAUGGAGUCAAAAUUAUGCAGGGAUUCAAAGGAAAUUGGUUAGCCGGACUUGAGUCUUGGAGGUGGAAGGGCAGUGCCUGUACUGAGGGAGACGUAGGGAUGUUCCAAUUUAAAGUUGUUCUGCCACUGGUGUCUUCGUCUUCAGUAACACACUGUUUCAUCCAGAGCCUGUUUAUUAUCAUCAUUUGUUUGUACAUUCUGUAAGAUAUUAUUUGUACUGACUCAUUGCAUCAUCUGGGCAGCAGUCUGCCAGGGCUGCCACUUGUAAAAUCCCUAUUUAUGAAAUUUGUUAGUAUGUGGUUACCAAAUUAGCAUUGGUAAAUAUUCAAAAGCACAGGUAGGUUGUAGACAUCCUGGAUUGCUCAAUGUUGUUACUCUAAUGCCUGAGCCAAGGAAUUAAAGCUGCCAUUUCCUUCCUUGGAUCAUAUCAAAUAACCUCUCAUUCACCAGGUACAUUGCAAGUCCCACAAGUUUAAUUCUUCUCUAUGAAUGUAAUGAAAUAAUGUUAUCCUUAUGAUUUUUCAUGUAUUUAGCAACUGAAAAGUGUAUGAUUCUGAUACUGAUACUGAUACUGAUUUGUAUAUACGAUUUUAGUACUAAAAGUUAGUAACUGUCAAGUUUCCUUGUACAGUAAACUUUAAUUAAAACAUACCUCUACAGUGCUUGUCACUGCAUUAUGCCGGGUGAGCGCUCCGGCAUAAUGCCGUGAUGAAAAUCAGAGGCCUACCAUACAGGGGGGUCUUUUUUCGUCAGUGCUUUCUACUGGGCAGCAGCCAUUAGCAUGAUGUCACAGCCUGUCACCACACUUCACAGUGACUUCUCAUUGCUCAUGUGUCUGCCGUGGUGAGAGGAAGUGUUGCAUUGUUGUCUCUCAUCUGCCCCAUCUUCUGUCCGGUGUUCCCUUUGAUUUUAGGGAUAUACAUGUUUGAUUAUGGGUAAAAGGAAAUCUUUAACACCUGAAUCUAUAGCUCAAAUAAUAGGGCUUCAUAAAGCUGGGCACCAGACGAAAGAAAUAGUGGAGAAUGUUAGCGUGUGUGAGUGUUCAGUGAGGAACUGGGUGCAGCGUUUCAAGGCUGGUGGCGGUGUCAAGUUACCGUCUGCCUAGCCUCAGCCUGGCCCCUCGAAGAAGACAUCUGUUCAUACCUUAACUGUGUUAAAGAAGCAGCUAGAGAGUGACUGCUUCAUUAACACAGUUAAGAUACAAACAGAUGUCUACUUUGAGGGGCCAGGCUGAGGUUUGGCAGACGGUAAGUCGACACAGCCACCAGCCUUGAAACGCUGCACCCAGUUCCUCACUGAACGCUCACACACACACUAACAUUCUCCACUAUUUCUUUCGUCUGGUGCCCAGCUUUGUGAAGCCCUAUGAUCUGUCGCGUGUUUCUGUUCCUUCAUUAUUUAUUUCAUCACUUCCCCUUCCCCCCACCUCUGUGCACUUGCUCUCCCUCUGUGGGCACCUAGCUCCCUUGCAGUGCUCCCCUUUCUUUGUAUUUGACUGGCUCCUCCUCCUUAAUUCCCCACUACUAUCACUUCCACUAUUUCUACUACUACCACUACUACUACUACUACUACCACCACUACCUCUUCCUGCCUAUAUAUAGCCGUCCUGCUCCACUUCUUGCUAGUGUGACUUUGUAAAUGGUCCAAGUCAGACUGAAACGUCGUCGUAAGCUCCUCUCUUCUAUGUGCGGGUUAUUUGUGUAUGUGUAUAGUUUCAGGUGUUAAAGACUUCUUUUUACCCAUAAUCAAAUAUGUAUAGCCCCAAAAUCAAAGGGAACACCAGACAAAAGAUGGGGUGGAUGAGAGAGAACAGCGCAACACUUCCUCUCACCACAGCACCCACGUGAGAAAUGAGAAGUCACUGUGAAGUGUGGCGGCAGGCCGUGACAUCAUGUUAAUGGGUGCUACCCAGCAGAAUGCGCUGAUGAAAAAAGACCCCCCUGUAUGGUAGGCCCUUGAUUUUUGUCACAGCAUUAUGCCGGGGCACUCACGCGGCAUAAUGCCAUGACGAGCACUGUAUAUAAAACUUCUGUAAUAAUAAAAUCCACUGGGUGAACUGUCGUUUUAACUUUUAUUUUUGUAUUUAUUGCUCUAUAUCUGUAAAUUGUGGGUACUGAUGUAUUAGGUAUAGAAUAGAGUACUUUAGUGCUUUUAACUGUGAUUUUGUUAACAUUAUUCUGAUUUAAUGGACACUUAGACAGUCUUCCCUAUUAUUCCAAUAUAUUGAAGGUUUACUGUAUUUUCAAACAAACUCAUUAGAUCCUUGACAAUUUAUUCUGUGAUUUAUUAAUUAGUUUCUUAGCAGUCAGACUCCUCAGACUUUUAAUCUGGACAAUUAAAAACUUUGGUUAAAGAAUAAAGUCACAAUUCACCAAAAACCCACAUUUAGAAAAAAAACUUAGGAUUUAGUUUUGAUCCAUCCUGGACCUUUGUCAAAUUACAACUGAUGGAGAGAAAGGCAGAAGACAGUUGCGAUUUGAAAAUGGUCUAGGAUAGACCUAAAUGUCCUAAAUGCCCUCUGCAAAGUGCAGGUUUUUGAUGAUAAACUUCAACUAUAUUUUACCAUAACACUAUCUUAUUUUUGUAUCUUUUCAUCAAGAAGUCAGUAAUUAAGAUCUUGAUAAUAGGCAUAGCAGCAGUAUCUUAUAUUUGAGCCUCAGCAAGUGUUAUCGAGAAGUUAGAAUAAACAGUUUCUUUAAUUUCAGUUCAUGAUGACCAGACCUCUACAGUAUCUGGCGCAUAUAUGUUUAUUAAGCAACAUUUUGUUAACAUUAGAGUGGUAAACAUUGACAAAAGAACUUUGUUAACCCUGGAGAUGUAUACUUCUAGAAAUAAGUCUUCAUCUGUUAUACCUGGGUGUACUGUACCCAGUGAGGACAAAUAUUAAAAUAUACCACAGUACUGUAGUA